GGCGCCUACCUGCGGGCUGCGCUUGCAUCCACGUGCAUGGCCCGGAAUACUGGCUCCGGAGCUUCCCCCGCCGCCUGAGGGCGUCCUUCCUUCUCAGGAGCCCUAGGCUUGUGUAGCAUCUGCCUGCUCUCUGUACUCUGGGACCCUGGAUUCCCUCAAGCAGCGCACGCUUUCAGGUGCAGUGGCUUGGGGUUCCUUGUCGCGCCCUUUGCGGAGGGAGAAAAGCCAAGAUGGAUAUCCAGCAGUGGCAUUUGAGAACCUCAAAGCUGGCACUGGCGUUGGCAAUUAUCCACUCAAAACCAGCAGACAGAAGCAGCAGAGAGCAUACAGAGUACCUGGCCACCUUGGUGACCCAGCAGGAGUCCAGAUGGAGAUCAAAACUUGAAGCCUUGGAAGCAGAAGUCCUACAGUUACGUCAAAAACUUUUCCUGAGUAGGAUUUCCUCAGGAUUGUUUAAGAACGGACCCGAUGUGCUCCCCAUGUUGUCAGAUCAGGAACCUACAAGUUCUGAAAAUACAUUGACUUUGAUGGAUGACUCUGGAUGUGUUUUAUCUAAUGAGCAAAGAAGCGAACCUGCAGAAUUAUCCCAGCAUUUUGUGGAGAGUACCGAUCCCCCACUCCUCCUGCUGCCUCUUGAGAAAAAGCCAUGCACAACCCUGGAAACCCCCCUGUCUUCUCACAUGCAAUUCUUUCAACAUCUGCUGGAACUCAAGAAAUGGACAGAAUCCAGUAGUCUGAAACUAUACUUAACCCACUUUGAAAAAGACUCUUCCACAGUUUCUGAUUCAGUUUCACAGUUGUUAGAUGCCCUGAUCACAUUUUACCAGAACCCCAAACUCCCCUUUUCAAGCUUUUGGACGGAGGCUGUUGGCACAUUAGCCAGACUAGCAAGUGAUUUUAAUUUAUCAAAUCUUAUUUUUAAAAGAUGUUCUAAGAAGUUGGAAGAAUUUGAAAAAACUCUACUCCAGGCUAUUUUAGGGAACAACAGUAUAAACCGGUUCCAGGUACAGCAUUAUGUCUCUCAGAGCCUAGUAACCCUAGGAAGUUGCAGCUUGUUGAGGAAGUCUAUUAUAUCACUGCUACUAUCAGAAGUGAACAGCUUUGUGGAUGACCUGGGAGCCAUUGAUCAGGAUCAAGGCAUUUAUGAUGUGACACGCUAUGAAAAUAUUUUCUCCCUGUUUUGGAUUCUGGAACAACUUCUUCAACAGGAACCCCAGGGAGAUCCCACUGCACACAUCGAUCCCAGCAUCCCGGAAAUCCAGACAUUUCUUCAGAAGCAUGAUGAAGUCAUCUUCCGACUUUCUGAUGCGUUUCCUUUAUUUGCGUUUUACUUAUGGAGACUCGGUGUUCUCUUGAACUCAGCAGAGAUGGAAACUGUUAAGAAUGAAUCGUUGCCUUAGCAGUUUUCCGUAUAUCAGAAAGUGGUGUGCUUCAGUAUUUUUCAAAAGAAUGUUUUUAAAUGAGAAUUUUAAAUUGAUUGACCAAUCUAAUCAUUAAUUCAAUUUAGUGAUAGGUCUUCUAUAUAAUUGCUGAUGAACCACUGUUCUAUAUAACAAUCAGGCAAUUUCAGUUGACAAUGCUCCCUUAUGUUCAUGGAUUAUAUCUUACUUCACUCAAAAGUCUAGCUCUAUUCUCUAAAAUGACCCAUUUCAUAAAGUACAAUAAAUUUCAUAAAGUACAAUAAAUUGUCAAAGAUUUCCAUCGGAUGUAAAUUUCUUUACAAAUUGUAAUGAAGUAAAGCUUAAACUUCUGUCCACUUACACACUUAAAUACAAGGUGUAAGUAAAUGGUAAAAAAUAAAAUGUAUUAUGUAGCUCUGCUCAAAUCAUUUUUCUCUUAAGGGAUAGUGCUGUAGAAAAAGAAAAGGCUUUGGAAUCCAAUGGCUUUUAAUUUUACUUAAUCAACAUGUUUGUAAAGUAUUUUUGAAGUGUUAAUUCGUUCUUUAAAAUGUCCCCUUUUAAAACAAUUUUUUCUGUUGAUUAUAAACACUAUUGUUCCUAUGAUUGUUAAAAUGUAGUAAAGUUGUAUAUUAUUAAGACAUCGGGGAUGCUUUUAUAAAUUUUAAUAUCCUACAAUAAAUACAUGUUAUACUUAUUAGAAGUACUGGUUGAAUUUUUUCAUUACACAAUUUCCUUUACUUCAUUUCAGUUAUUAAAAUUGUAACAGACAAGCUUAAUGAGCACACAUUUUACACUUUCCUAUUGUGCAGUUUAAAGAAAAUAUAAUGCAAUUCUCUUUCCUUUGUUAAUUAUGUCUAAUUCUGUUUUAUAAGGUAAUUAUCAUUUUCAGAUGCCAUUAGUACUACAAAAAUUAUCCUCACUAAUUCUUUCUACAAUGUAUAUAAAUUUAUGCCAUCUUCUAGAAUUAUUUUUGGAGUUUUUUUUUUUUUUCAAAAAAAAUCAGCAGAUCUCUUCUCUCCUAGAAAUGGUUGCAUAAACAAGACCUGAUAAUGGCAUAUCAGUGGCCACAGUAACAUGGAAGAGAAAAUUUCAUGGGCUCACACUCUUAGAUAAAGAACUAAAGACUA